CAAGAGAGCAAAGGGGAUCGGGUGUCAGUUAUGCGCCGCCGCCUGCCGUGCGCCCAUCUCCACUCUCUCGCCGUCGCCGUCGCCGUCGGAUGCCUCGAAUGAGGAUUCACCGGUGCUUGACAAGAGGCGCCCAAAUAAGCAGCUCCCCCUUUGGGCUGGGAGCUGCAGCCCCCAAUCCAAGCAGCAGCAGCAGCUGCUCCACUCCGAGCCGCAAUCCGCAAUCGAAGCAGCUCCCUUUUUUAGCGGCGAUCCGGAAUCAAAGCAGUCCUUUCCGGAUUACAAUUAUAAACAAGCCCUCUUUCGAAUUCAGUCUCCGAGUUUCCAUUGGCGGCGGGAACCUAGCUGAUAUCCUGAGGAGACCAAGUCGCGGCAACUCGUGAGCUUCAGCUUGCCGAAUUUCGGAGGAGACGACCAAAAUCCAUCCGAAUUCCGGCGAUGUCGAGCUCUCUUCGACGGCCAGCGGCUGCCAGACCGAUCUCCAAACCAUCCGCCAAGGGCCUCAACAGCCAUAACCGAUGGUCCUCUCUACCCAAUCUGCCAGAGGAAGAAGAUGAAUUGGAUCGGCUCAGUAACUUGCCUGAGGGUGUGUUGCUCGAUAUUUUAGGGCGACUUGACAUCGCAGAUGCUGCUAGAACUAGAAUCCUCGCCAGACGGUGGAAGGAGAUUCCUACAAUGCUCUCCAAUUUUUUUAUAACAGUUGGUUCCUAUGACGAUGAGCACAAUAGAGCGUUGACCCGUGAUGAUGUAGCUCGGGCCAAUGCCACCGUCCUUGGAGCAACCAGGAGCUUGCUGGAAAGCAGGACUAGUACAAGCAUAUGCACCUCCAUUAAACUCCUGCGCGUGCAAUUCUUCUUGGGAGAUGGAGAUGUUACUAGUAUCGGCCAGUCUCUUGCCAACACCAUGGCAAUGAACAAGGUUGGGUCAGCGGAAUUAACUCUCUUUACAAUGAAGGAAAGCACACGAUGCAGAAAGGACGAUGUUCUCACUUAUGGGAUGCAGUUUAAGUCAUUUUUUGACGCCUGUCCAAAGGCAUUCAGUGGUCUGGCAAGACUCAAGCUAGAAAAUUUGAGGCUAGCUGAAUCAUCGGGCUUCCCUGAAAUUCUCAGUGUAUGCAAGCAACUGGAGUUCCUCCGCCUGUAUAACUGUGACAUGGGGUACCUUUCUUUGCUAGAAGUGUCACACCCACUACUCUGUGAACUCGAGAUUGUCAAGUGUGAUUUUGAGAGGGUUGAUCUCAUGUGGCUACCAAAGCUCAAAAUGCUGACUUAUUCUUGGUGGGUCUGUGAACACGAUCCUUUGUCUUUUGAUUACGUCCCACUGCUCCAGACUCUGAGCCUCACCAGUAUGGCUCUUGCACGGCACAAGGUGCUCAAGUUAAGUGACUUCCUUGGCAAAGCCACCAUAAGCGACCUGCAUCUAAAUUUUCUGUGUGAAAAGAUCUGGGUUAAACCAGAAGAACCAGAUCAAUUGUUGCAGGUGUUCCACAAAUUAAGGCAUGUGACUUUGACCCACAUCUCUGAAGAAUGCGAUCUGAAUUGGACAAUGUUCAUUCUCCAAGGUGCACCAUACCUUGAGGAGCUAUGCAUCAAGGUGUGGGAUCAUCCAUGUGAUAUUAUAGAGGAUGAGAGGCUUAGGAAGAUGUAUGGGUUUAGCGAGGACAAGAAGGACGCAUGUGCAGUGUGGGAAGCGCCUGCAGAUUUCAAGCACCACAAUUUGUCUGUGCUCAGGGUCUUUGGGUUUCAGUGCGAGGAGAGUUUUGUGAAUUACGUGAAAAGUGUCAUGGAAGCAUCGGUCGCUCUGGAGGACAUAUACUUGUAUGAGAAGCCAGUGUGUGCGUACUGUGAGCACAUGAGGCAGAAUGACAGAUACCCGCGGACAAGCAAGCUUAGGACGGCGCUUAGGAACAUAUUUGACAGGGGGAUGUGCUCGCCUCUGAGGAUUCAUUUCCCACUUUCAACAACAACCUGAAGGGCUCCCUAAUUGCAUUUUUGCUGACUGAAUCGCAGAAGGAAGGCAAACGAUGCAGCAA